CGCGAACCGGGUUUACAUGAACAACGAUAAGGUCGUUUAUACAAUACAAUGUAAUAUAUUAAGCCGGGUCAAUGUACAAACUGACUAGUAAGUAGACGCCAUCAAACCGCCUGCCUUAACGCACGUAUCAAAAACAACUACAUAUCUAAUCUAAAAACGUAUAAUAACACACGAAAUGUUCGCUCUAAUGUUUCGGCUCAAACCAGUGAGAAGAUUAAGUGUGUGUUUCAAAGAGAAAAGUGUAUGGACCAGUGAAAAAGUCUGCAUUUCCCCGUACAAAGAUGUUGAAAUACCCAACAUGACUGUUGACCAGUAUGUCUUUAAGGAUCUCGAGAAAUGGGCGAACAAGACUGCUGUGGUCUGCGGGCACACAAACAGGUCGUACACUUACGAGCAAGUUUACAAGAAGUCAAGAAUCUUAGCCGCCAACUUGAGAAAAAAGUUCAAAGUCAGGGAUGGUGACACUAUCGGAGUCGUUCUACCUAAUGUACCCGAAUACCCCAUAGUGGUUUUUGGUAUUCUUGCAGCUGGCGGCGUUGUUACGACUCUGAACCCUAUAUACACUGCAUAUGAAAUUGAAAGACAAAUUGGUCUAUCAGAAGCCUCAAUAAUUAUCACAAAUGAGGAUAUAGUGCCAACAGUUAAAGAGGCUUUGAAGCUUGCGAAGAAAGAUCUACCUGUAAUAUCGCUGAAUAUAACACAAAGUUUACCAGAAGGUACUAUGUCCUACAAAGAACUAGCUGAAGACAAUCUUAUAGACUUAAGUAUUCUUAAUGAAGUGAAUAGGAAUCAUGAGGAUUUGGCGUUUUUGCCAUAUUCUAGUGGAACUACGGGCAUGCCAAAAGGAGUGCAGCUGAGUAAUAGGAAUAUUGUAGCUAACUGUCAACAACAGAAUACGGAUGUCAGGCUUUAUGAAUAUACUACGAAGUCGAACCAGGAUAGCACUCUGGUCGUAUUACCUAUGUUCCACUCAUACGGGUUGUCAAUCUGCAUGCUUCACAAGAUGUCAGCUGGUUUGAAGCUAGUGUCAGUGCCAAAAUUCCAACCAGACAUGUUUUUAAAUACUUUGCUGACGCAUAAGUUGCAGUUGUUGUACUUAGCGCCACCUAUGGUACUGUUCCUUGGUUCCUACCCUCAAGUUACGGCAAAACAUAUGGAGUCAGUAACUAGUGUGAUAUCAGGAGCCGCGCCGUUGCCUUCUGCUGAUAUUUAUAGAUUUUUUGACAAAGCUGAGCGUGAUGUUAAGUUCGUCCAAGGCUACGGGAUGACUGAAGCGUCUCCACUGGUCAGUCUCUCAGAUCGAUCAUAUGAAGACGUUGGAUGCGCUCUGCCAAAUGUUAGGCUGAGGGUCGUUGAUGGAAAUAUGAAGAAUUUGGGACCUGGAGAAAUUGGUGAACUCCUCGUUGAUGGUCCAAAUGUAAUGAAAGGGUAUUUAAAGAAUCCAGAAGCAAAUGCAGAUGUGUUUGUCGAUGGAAAAUGGUUGAGAAGUGGCGACCUGGUUAAAAUCAAUGAAGAUGGAACUAUUGUUGUUGUUGACAGACUUAAGGAGCUUAUAAAGGUGAAAGGUUACCAAGUGCCUCCAGCGGAAUUAGAAAACGUCCUUAAAGAGCACGCUGCAAUUAUAGACGCUGGAGUCGUAGGGGUCCCUGAUGACGCGGCUGGCGAAAAACCUAAAGCAUUCGUAGUUCUUAAACCAGGGGCAGGAGCAACUGAACAGGAGAUUAUAGAGUUCGUUAGUAAAAGAGUAGCUCCAUACAAGAAAAUUAGGGAAGUGAUCUUCUUGGAGAGUAUCCCAAAGAAUCCUUCAGGGAAGAUUCUUAGAAGGACAUUAAAGGAACAGUAUUGUUAGAAGAUAGGAAUAUUUAUUAGUUUUUAUGAUUGUAACCUGAGUGUAUUAAGAUGUACAGUAAAUUCAAGUUUGUAACUUAGGGGUGGAAAACGUAUUAAGGUAUUUGGUUAAUAAACUAACAUUUUUUA